AUGGGUAAUCGUACUGGUCGUAUGAAAGGAUCGGAACUCGCUCAAUAUGGCGGGGGUUAUAAUCCUUAUUAUGGUUAUGGGGAGAUGGAAAAUUACAAUUUAAAUUGUCCACCAAUAGAAGAAGAUUACCUAUUGGGUAUGGGCAAUAUCAAUCAACCAUUUGGUAUGCCGUUUAAUUCUCCUAUGGGUGGUCUUGGUUCAUAUGGCAAUUCUUGUGCAGCAUAUUUCAACUCGAUGAUUCAACCGAGUUUCGGUAGAGUUAAAAUGCGUCAAAUUUUUAUGCCUAAUAAUGUACUAAGCGCAUUCCAAAAUUUACUUCAACAAGGUGGUAUAGCAGGAUAUGGUACACCACAAAUGAUGCCUCAAAUGCCAAUCGCUUCACCACCAAUGAUGCCUCAGAUGCCUUUCGUUCCGCCACCUAUGAUGCCACAAAUGCCUUUUGCACCAUCAAUGAUGCCACAAAUGCC